UUGGACUGAUCUACGCGUUUCCAUAACAAAAGCGAGGAGCAUGAUGCGCUAUGGUGCCACUGCUCUGAAGCUGAACUAGGGCAGUAUUUGAGAAGCUCUGAAUACAUUCUGUGAUUAAAAACGAAGAACCAUUCGAAAACUUUUAUUAGUAUUUAUUUUAAUUAUGUUUGAAGGUUGCUAAUGACAAAACACCGGGGCAUCUUUGAAUAUGACAAGCCUGCAUCAGGGCUGCAGGUUGUGAUUACCUUUAAUCACUGAGGGAGAGCGCUAUCUGUGGUUGUCUUGGCGAUGAUGGCUGACAUACUGGAGCUGCGGACAGACGGGAACUCGCUCCUAAAGGCGGUGUGGCUUCGACGCCUGCGGCUAACCAGACUCCUGCUGGAGGGGGGUGCCUACAUCAAUGAGAGCAACGACCGCGGGGAGACCCCACUCAUGGUGGCCUGUAUGUCCAAACACAGUGACCCGCAAAGCGUUAGCAAAGCAAAGCUGGUCAAGUACUUGUUGGAUAACAAAGCUGACCCCAAUAUCCAGGACAAAGCUGGCCGGACAGCCCUGAUGCAUGCCUGCAGCCAGAGAGCAGGACAUGAAGUGGUGUCCCACCUGCUGACCAAUGGGGCAGAUCCUAGUCUGGAAGACAGGAGUGGGGCCUCAGCUCUGGUUUAUGCCGUCAACACAGAUGAUAAGGAGACCCUUAAGGUGCUUUUAGAUGCAUGCAAAGCCAAGGGUAAAGAGGUCAUCAUUAUAACCACAGACAAGUCACCCUCUGGCACUAAAACCACCAAGCAAUACCUUAAUGUUCCCCCUUCCCCAGAGCUAGAGGAAAGGAGCUCCCCUGCAUUCUGCACCACUCCCUCUGAGAUCGAGCUUAACACAUCUCCCUCACCCAACUUACAGGACGAGCAAAACACUGUCUUCAAUUUCCAGACAAAGUUGAAAAGCUCGUUCAUCACAGCGGCGAAGCUCCCCAAUGGGUCAAGCUCUCCCACGCGGCGAGCCACCAACCCCAAGCGUGCUCGUUUACCUCAGCUAAAGCGACUGCAGUCAGAGCCCUGGGGGCUCAUAGCUCCCUCAGUCUUGGCUGCAGCCCACGAGGACAGUAAGAGGGUCACGUCCGAUGAGGACGUCGUAACGGGUGUAGACGGGCUCUCUCUCGCCAAAAGAUCGACCCUAUCGCGACAGAACAGUGUGGAUGGCAAGGAUGUGUUGUUCCCACAAAUGUCCUCGUUCUCUGUCCCUCCAACUUCCAAAUGUGCGUAUGAGAGGUCUUUGUGUCAGCACCAGCCACUGGCCCGGCGGAGCACUGUUCCUUCAGAGCAGGACGGCGGCAGCAACAGUGGGCCGGCCAGCCUGAGAGAGACGGUGUACAGGAGACGACUGGGCACUGACCACUAUGACUCAGACUCACAGCUGUACUCAGACUCUGGCACGCUAGACUCUCCCAAGGUUCCCCUAGAGAGAAGGAAACUCAACACAUCACCGUUAGCCAUGCUUACCAGCUCCAGGGAGUCCCUAGACAGCAACAACAGCACGUCAUCUCCCAGCGCAGCACGCCACCGUGCACCAGGCCUCCUGGAGAGGCGAGGCUCUGGGACUCUGCUGCUGGACUACAUUUCCCAUACCCGACCUGGCCAUCUGCCCCCACUCAAUGUCAACCCCAACCCUCCUAUCCCUGACAUUGGAGCCAGCAGCAAGCCCUCAUCCCCUCUUGCCUCAGGUUUCAGAUCAAUAGCUCCAGUAGCACCAAACUCACCAAAGAGAGGCCAACUUAAGUCAAAGAAGAAACUUAUAAGGAGGCACUCUAUGCAAGUGGAGCAAAUGAAACAACUGUCUGUUUUUGAGGAGCUGUAGUGGGAUUCAUUUUUUGUAGAUGUAGCAACAAAAAAGGGUGAUGUUUCUAAAGAAUUGUCCUGAUAUUUAAGCAAACAUUUUAUUUCAGCCCUUUCUCUUAGAAAACUAGUGGAACAAACAUGUGACUUCAUACAGUUGUACAUGUAACGCUCAUAGAAUAUCAGCAGCACCUAUUUAACAUUACAAGUUAGACUCAAACAACCUCUACAGGAAACUAUUAAUGGCUGGGAGAUUAGAAAGCAUUACAUUUUACAGACAUUUGUACAUAGGCGGAAAUCCCAGGGGGGACAGGGGGGACAUGACCUUUGAUUUAUCCCCCCCAAAUAUAUAAAUGCAAACAUAACUAUGUAAUUUCAAUAUUAGUAAUAAAAGCAAUGAAAGCUCUUGUGCUGAAUAUAGACACUUCAUAGCAGGUUAAAAAUUGCGACACCCCCGCCCUCCCAGUGGUUUGAUCCACUGCCCCCCAACACUCAGCAGUGACACAUUGUGCAGGUAGGUGCAUGUGUGGGAAUCUGACAGUCUGUCGUUGGUGGUUGACUUUCAGUAAGUAGUUCAAACAAAGGAUAUGUUAGACAUUUCUUUACUUCUACCACUCAAUACUAUAAAAAAAAAACAUUUCUAAUUGUCACCAGUCUUCAGCUUCUCUGCAUUGAAUUACAGGUCAAUCAUUAUUUUAGCUAGCGGUUAGCUAAUGUUUGCUAACAAGCUACAGUAACAUCAACCAGCUCAUGCAGCUGUUUGAAUUCUAGUCAAUGGGAGAUGCUUGCAAUGCAGUGUAUGUAAUGUUCUGUAGAUGGCAAGGUGACAGUUUUCGUGUCUACCUUCUGAAAAGCACUCAAUGCACGUAGCUAACAUGGGGUUGAUCCAGUCAGUUUGUUUUGUGUUGGUAGCAAGCAAACCGAUGGUGCAAACUAAAACAGUAUUACAUCACUACUUUUUUGCUCUUGAGAAAAUUUAAGGUAAUUGUCCACUCCAAACUUCAUAUCAGAUUUUCGCCACUGCAUUUGUAAAUCUUAACAAUUAUUUGAAUGUAAGUAUACAAAUAGUCCUCUUUGGCAAAUGAAAUGUUCCAUCGUGAGAAUACCUACAGUAGGAAGUACAUUAUGUGUGAAGCCAACAAGCCAUCUGGUUGUUUAUAAUGUUGUUAACUUGUUAUUAAUGCAACACGCAGAUGGGAUUACUAAAAAUACAAAAACAUUGUUUUCUGUAUAUUGUAGCUCUUGAAGGAUAUUGUUUUGUAGCAAACUUGUAUACAGUGCCUUCAAGACAAAUAAUAGGGAAAAGGGUAAUUUCAACCAAAAGGUUUUAGUCCUGUUGGUUUCAUACCCAAUGUUGAAGGCUCAGAAUACACACAGAUCAUGUAUGGAUUAUAUUCCAUAAGAGAUUGAAAUCAGCACUUUAUUAUCCUACAUUUUAAAUUACCUGAGAGAAAAAUAAAUGUUGGCUCUCCAAAUGUUUUGUAGAUACUGUAGAUACUGAUGUGUUUCCAUUCAUCAGUUCUAAGAGAACAUAGUACUGUGUGUAUGCUUCAAAAUUUAAUAACAGUUUAAAUUACAGUGAUUCUUGUACCUCUAGAAUAGAAUUUACACAUAAAGCAGUUAAAAGUUAAAGUUCAUACAGCUUCCACAUAUCUUAACUGUGAGACAUUCCCUCUGCUUAAAAGGUUCACAGUUACAUAUUUUGAUGCAUAAUAUUUUUGUAUGUAGUUUGCUGUAUAGUCGAAAUAAAUGUCUCUAAAGCAAUGGUCAUUUAAUAAUUUCUCCAAGAAUGCAAUGCGUUUUUGACAGUUUUCACUUACCGUGUUCUUCCUCAUCAGAUGGUAAUUUGUCAACUACUGUGUAUAGAAGGCGUAUCGAAGUCUUGCAAAGACUAGAGAAGACCUGGUG